AUGCCCCAAGGCAUGUCCGCCUUGCAGAGGACAAGCCUGGAGCGACCUAGAGGCGCCCGCAGCGCGCCCCCACCGCCGCCGCAGGGAGGCAGACUAGACAUCACCUUUCUACCUGACAACAUGACCCACAUCGUGGAAGACUCCCAACGCUACUACAGCUGGCAAAGUUUCGGGCCAGAUGACGAGCGUACCCGAGAUUUGUGGGUGGACUUGAAUUCGCUACACAAGAGCCAAGUCCGAAUCCACGGCAUCCUGUCAAACGCGCACCGGCAGGCGGCGAGAGUUGCACUUUCCUUUGACUUCCCAUUUUAUGGACACUACUUGAGACAAAUCAUCAUUGCGACUGGUGGUUUCAUCUUCAUGGGGGAGAUUACUCACCGCAUGCUGACUGCUACCCAAUAUAUCGCCCCCCUCAUGGCCAACUUUGACCCCAGUUUCUCCAUGAACUCUACCGUGAUGUAUUCAGAUAACGGUCAUAUGUUUGUGGUCCAGUGGGACAAAGUGCGGUUAAAGGACCGAGAGGCCGAAGGAGCUUUUACGUUCCAGGCGAUUCUGCAUAGAAACGGAACUGUAGUGUUUAAUUACAAAGAGAUCCCACUCCCAGUGGAAAGGAUAAACUCCACAGAGCAUCCAGUAAAAGUGGGAAUGUCCGACGCAUUCAUGGCAAACCUCCCAUCUGCGCAGAUUGCAGAUGCAAAGCAGCGGACAAUCUACGAGUAUCACCGUGUUGAAAUCAACACCAGCACGAUCGUCAACAGAUCGGCAUUCGAGUUCACCCCACUGCCCACUUGUCUUCAGCACACGUCCUGUGAACUCUGCCUAGGGUCCAACCUGACAAGUGGAUGCGGGUGGUGCAAUACGCUUCAAAGGUGCUCAGAUGGGAUCGACCGCCUUCGGCAAGAGUGGCUGGAUUACAAUUGUCCCGAAGAGGCUCAAGGCACAUGUGAGGACUACUACUCCGAGUCGCCUGAGGAGUCAACGCUCUCUUUCUCCUAUUCAUCAACAGCUCCGACUUCAUCUUCAGCCAAGUUGCAUGACGUAAUCACCAGGGAACCACCAGAGCACACUAGGAUGACUGAAAAUGCGGCCAUCAUCGCCGGUGUGGUGGGGGCUCUCGUCCUAGUGGUGGUAUUGACCUUGGUGGCCGUGUACUGUAUCAACACACACCCCACAUUGGCUCCACCAUUCUACCUCAUGCAGCGACGCAGUAACAACUAUUGGCCCGCUAUGAAGUUUCGCAACCAGGACUAUCCAUCAAGCUAUGGCGAGGUGGAGCUUGCGGGCCACGAGAAGGAAGGUUUCAUCGAGGCCGAACAGUGCUGCUGA